ACAGGGUGCGGGAGACGCGGAGCCGGAGGAGGAGGCGCAGCCGCUGCCCGAGCCGCAGCCGCAGCCGCAGCCGGAGCCCGAGCCGCGGGGCGGGCGCGAAGAUGCACACGACCCAGAAGGACACGACGUACACCAAGAUCUUCGUCGGGGGGCUGCCCUACCACACCACCGACGCCAGCCUGCGCAAGUACUUCGAGGUCUUCGGCGAGAUCGAGGAGGCGGUGGUCAUCACCGACCGGCAGACCGGCAAGUCCCGGGGCUACGGAUUUGUCACCAUGGCUGACCGAGCUGCUGCCGAAAGAGCCUGCAAGGAUCCGAACCCCAUCAUUGAUGGCAGGAAGGCCAAUGUGAACCUGGCAUACUUGGGAGCAAAACCCAGGAUCAUGCAGCCAGGUUUUGCCUUCGGUGUGCAACAACUUCAUCCAGCCCUUAUACAAAGACCUUUCGGGAUCCCCGCCCACUACGUGUACCCGCAGGCGUUCGUGCAGCCCGGCGUGGUCAUCCCGCACGUGCAGCCCGCCGCCGCCGCCGCCGCCUCCACCACGCCGUACAUCGACUACACCGGCGCCGCCUACGCCCAGUACUCGGCCGCCGCCGCCGCCGCCGCCGCCGCCGCCGCCUACGACCAGUACCCGUACGCCGCCUCGCCCGCCGCCGCCGGCUACGUCACCGCGGGGGGCUACGGCUACGCCGUGCAGCAGCCAAUCACCGCCGCCGCCCCCGGGACGGCCGCCGCCGCCGCCGCCGCCGCGGCCGCCGCCGCCGCCUUCGGCCAGUACCAGCCGCAGCAGCUGCCGACCGAGCGCAUGCAGUAG